CAUUUCACAACACAUUUUGGAAGUCGGAUUUUUAUUAUUUUUAUUUGUUAUUUUAUAACUAACUUUGGAGUUUCCUUUCGGACACAUUCCUCCGCGCGGCCAAAUUAUGAAUAAUAAAAAUCCAGAUCCAAAAAAUUUUCUAAUAUGUUCAAAACCAAUUCCGGAAAAGCGAAUUGAAUCUAAGAAAGAAAUCAAAAACGAAAUUGCUCACGAUGUAAAUAACGAUAAGAUCAAAGUAUUUGCGAUUUAUGAGGUAAUCAUGCGACUGAUACAAAGUAUUGAAUUGUCACUGUUCGCGGCGGAUGAGAAGUCGCCGAUGCACAUUGCGGCCCAAAUGCCACACAAUGCCUUCGUGUGGACCAAGGAGGCCUGGCAGGAGCGUGUGCACUAUGGGCUUUUUUGGAUGAAAGUCAUUGCGAAGGCUGCAAAUAGAGGUUGGGUGGAGGAGCGGAAGUUGCAAGUGGACUUGAGGCAACUAAAUGAUUUUGCGCUUUCAAUAUUAUUGUCGUACAUCGAAAAGGAGCAGCAACAAGAAGCUUGCAAAAACCUUCGAUCGGUUGAAGAGUACAACGAAUUGCACGAAUCAUUAAGCAAUGAGUUGAUUGCCAAUACUAAGCAAUGGAAUAAACUUAAAGAAGAUAAGAGGUCUUUCGACAAAUGCACUGCCACUAUAAAGACACUUGAACAACAAUUCUUGAGUCUAAAUAUGCAGGCUGUUUUAAGGCAAAAGGUCAAAGAAAGGUACAUAAGACGCCACAAUAAAGUGUCGGAGGAGCAAGCUGAACUUGAGGCUGAUAUUCGUAUAAAAGAGCUCAUGAAAAAAAUUGACUAUUACAAGGAGCGCAUUGAGAAUGAUGCAUUCAUAGCGGUCUACAAAAGCGAUGUUUAUCACAAUACUAUAGAGUUUUUGCGCGUCAAAAUUGAGAAUAUUGAAAAGAAGUUUGUGACCAAAGAAAUAGAAACAGAAGACACGCGGCAAAUUCUACAGACCGACAUUGCGAAAUUGAAGACAAAGCUUGCAUAUCGCAAAGCAAAAUUGCGUCUCUUCCGCACAGCAGUACAACAAUUCAGGGAAGGUGAUAUCACCGAUUUCACGGAGUUGAGAAACAGUGUCAAAUCACUUGCGCUGUCGGAUAAGUCAUUUCUAGUCAUGGAUACAUCACCGAGCAUGAAUCUGCCUCAUAAAAUUGAAAGAUCUACUAUGGCAAUAAAAGCCAAUUGAAAAGUGAAAUUUAAAAAAAUUUCAAAAUAAAUUU